UCGUACGCUUGUGUGUCGAGCGCGUUUCUCGUUAACAAUAAAAAAAAAAAAAAAAAAAAAAAACAAAUAACAACGAUAAUUUCGGAUAAGUACAUUUUCACAAUCCACCAUGCCGCUGUCUCGUGUUCGACCGUAGUGCGUAUACGAUAUAACCGUGUGUGCGCACGUAUUUAUGUUAAUGGAAUCGGAUCGGGAAUCAUGAAGCCUUACGACAAAUCGAACUCUUUUAUCCAUAGAGUGACUAAACGCGUGUCUGGGCUCAUUCCUGGUACGGCAUGGAUGAACUCUUUUCUUAGUGAAACACAGUCUAAUGAUGACCCUAUAUCAUUAAGUGAAAACAACGAUCAACCUCCUGUAAAAAAAUUGUGUACAUCCAAUAAUACUUUUACGGCAAACUCAAAUUACCGCUCAUCCCUGGAUACCAAACCAUCUAUUAAUUCAACUGAUGAUCUUAGGAAUUUUCAUGUUAAUGUUGUAUCACCUGAAAUAUCUGCUGUUACUUGUGUGCCAAGUACGAGUAAGCAAAGUCCAAAAUUUACUAGCUUGUCAAAUUCUUCCCUACAAGGUUAUGAUGUUGGUAAUAAAAGUUCUUUGAAAAGAAAAUCUGAAGUUGGAGAAAUAACUAAUAUUAACCAACAAAUUCCAAAAACAAUAGCAUUCAACUUUGCAUCAUCAACACCUACAUUAGUCACAACAAACAAUUUAACAGGUGCUAGUACAAGUUUAAAGAGGUCAUUUAAUUCAGACAAGUUUUCUUCAAAUGAAUUUUCAACACCAACUUCAACCAAACUAAUUAAAACAAGAGAAAAUGAAUCUCAAUCUUUGUUAAAAUUCCGUGAGACAACAAAACCAUUAUCUACAGCAUCAUUUAGAUGGGACACGUUUGUCAAUUAUGGAGAAUUAUCAGAACGCCAAAAGUUAUUUGCACAGAAAUCACCUUUAAACUGUUCUCAUGUAAUGUAUGGUGGUAAUUCUGCACGUUCCACCUUAUCAAAAAUUUUAGGUAAUACUCCACCAAUUCAUAGAAAAACAGUUAUACCAAUAUCUCCUACAAAUACUGAAAUUAGAACAACUUCAUCAAUUCUUCUAGAAAACAUUUCUACUAAGGAUAAAGAAAUUGAAGAAAAUAAAUUUAUUAUCGAACCCAAAGUACAUCUAAGACACAAAGCUGAUCAAAAAUCUGUACCUCUUAAAGUAGAAACCACUAUUAAACACGUGGAAACAACACCAGAAAAAGCCAAUGAUAAAUCAAGGGAUGUCUCGUCAAUAUGUUCUGGUCGAGAUUCAUCUAGAAAGCUUAGAGCCAAUAUUUCAAAGAAAGCUCGUGGGCUUAUGCCUGAAGAACAUGAAAUGCCUACUAAAGUUGAUUUACCGAACAUUUCUUUAACAAUGCCAAUACUGCCAAAUAUAAAAUUGUCUAAUAAUGGUAUUGAGGAUAAUGAAUUCAAAUUUAAUCAACCAUUAACAAUAGAGCAGUUCAGUUUACAAAUUGCUGAAAAGACAUGCAGAAAAAAACAAAAAACUAAUAUAAAGAAAACACAGAUUACUAACACUGGUUUAAAUAGUAAUGACCAUUCUAACUCUUUAGCCCAAAAUUCAUCAUAUAAUGUUUCUACUUUUGAUACAUUUAAAAAUGAAACUGAGAAAGAUUCUAUGUUAAAAAAUAAGAUUUUGGAAACAAAUGACAAAGUAUUAGACACAUGUAAGUUAGAUCAAAAUUCUAAAGAUACUUCUACAAAAAAAUCCAUUGACAGUUCUGAUUCUAUUUUAGAAUCUAAAAAUAAAGUAAAUGAUUCAUCCCAACUAUCAGUGUCUAAUGAAAAUAAUUCAUCACUACCACAAAAAUUAACAGUUGCACAUAAAAAAUGGACCUGUGACACUUGUUGGGUUUCAAAUGACAGCGAAAAAGUUAGUUGUAUUGCAUGUCAAACUCCUAAACCCGGUUGCUCUCAAAUACCAUUAAAAGUUUCUAAAUCAAGUACAUGGACUUGUGAAAAUUGUUGGGUUCCCAAUAAAAAUGAAAUUGAUGCAUGUGUAGCUUGUCAAUCGCAAAAGCCUGGAACUACAAAAAAAGUUAUAGAAGAAAGUAGUACUUGGACAUGUGAUGCUUGUUGGGUUAAAAAUAAAAAUGAAUGUAUUUCUUGUAUAUCAUGUGGAACAGCUAAACCUGGAUGUGUUAUAGAAAACAAACCACAAAUUUCUACUCAGUUUAAAUUUGGAUUAAAUAAUAAUUCUGAAAAAUUUGGUGAAUCAGGUGGUACUCAGUUUAAAUUUGGAUUUGAUGGUGGUAAAAUAGGUCAAACAUCAAGUCAGUUUAAAUUUGGAAGUACUGCUUUUAAAAGUUCUGAAAAUGGAAAAUUUGAGUCAUCUGUUCCUGAAUUUAAGUUUGGUGUUAAUAAUAUCAAAACUGAUCAAUCACUUGGUACCUUUAAGUUUGGUACUGAUAGUGUAAUAGGCCAGUCAAAUAAGGCACUAAAUUAUGAAAAAAAUACUACUACUGAUCAACCUAAUGAUAGUAAAUUCAAGUUUAGUUUUGAGAAUAAAUCAGAUCAACCUGAAAAUCAGUUUGAAUUCAGUAAUACCUCAACUAGUAAACCAAUAGCACAGUUUAAAUUUGGUUUAAAUAAUAUGGAAAGUGAUAAAUCUGUUCAACAAAGUCUUACCUCCGAUAGUAAAGAUGCACAAUCUACAAAUGAAUUAAAAUGUGUAGUUAAUAAUAAAAAUGAAUUUAAAGAAAUACAAAACAAAAGUAUUCCGUUUAGAUUUGGUGAUCCAAAAAAAGUAGAAAAUUCGACCCCCCAAGUAACUUUAGAAUCUAAUGAAAUUAAUUGUAAUUCAAAUGCAUUAGUUGAUAUCGGACAUAAAAAUGAAGUUAAAACAAAUUUGUUAUGGGAUAAAAAGGAUAAAAUUGAAUCCAAGCCGCUAAACUUUGGAAUACCUCAAACACUUCAAUCUACAGUUGAAAAUUCAAGUACAACUCAAAUGGUAAAUGGUCAUUCGCAUUCUAAUGAAACAUCAAACGAAGAUCAAAAGCCAAGUUUAAUUAAAACCUCUCAGUUAUUCAGUUUUAGUUCUUUGGGAAAACAAGACCAACAUUUGUUUGAUGGUCAAAAGAAUCCUGCAACUUUUACUUUUGGAUCAGCUACUACUGAUAAUAAGUCUUUUAUUGCACCAAUAUCAACAACUAGCAGUUUUUCUAGUACUGCUCCGGUAUUUGGUGCUAGUAAUUCAAUAUUUAGUAGUGGACCUUCUACAUCUAUUCCAGCAACGUUGGGCUCAUCAGUAGCAGCACCACAAUUUUCAUUUGGAUCAAUAGCUCCUUCGUCCUCAAACAGUUUUUUUUCUAAACCUGUCAAAGACAAUGAUAACAAAUUAUUAGCUUCAAAUUCAUUUACUGCUACAACAAAUUUAGGUUUUUCAUUUGGCUCUCAGUCUACACCAGUAUUUAAUGUACCCAAUUCUGGAGUGCUUGUAAAAUCUUCUGUCCUGGCUGACGAUUCAGUGAAAAGUACACCAAAUAUAUUCAAUCAAUCGCAGUCAAAUACCAAACAAGCUAUAAAAUUAGAUCCUAAUGCACCACUAUCAAUCAAUUUUACUGGUGGAGCAACAACUCAAUUUACGGCGAAACCAGAAACUAAAGAACCACCUACUAAACGAAAAAUUCUAAAACCCGUUCGGAGAAUUCGGUAAACACAUAAAGUACUACUUAUAUUAUGAAGUUACUUUAUUAUUAUACUGUAAUUUAUUUUAAAUGUAAUUAAAUUUGUUCUGUUUGAACUA